GCUCCCACCGUCACCAUGGCUACCCGGAGACAGCGGCCAGGCUCGCCUGAAUUUCCCAUCCUAGACGCCAAUGCCCUGUACGCCAGCCAGAUCCGAGGCGAUGGCAACUGCCUGUUCAACGCCCUGUCCGACCAGCUCUACGGCAACCAAGACAUGCACGAGGUGCUGCGCGCCACCACCAUUGAGCACAUGAAGGACAGCGCAGACUUUUACCGCCAGUACAUGGCCGUCAACAAUGUCCGCCGCAACCCCAAGCGCAAGACGGCCGCCGCCGCCGCUGCAGCAAAGUGCAUGGACACAAGCUACUACACCCAAGAGCAGCUGCAGCAGCAGUUCGAGCACCAUGUGGAAAAAAUGGGCCAGCCCGGCGAGUGGGCCGACAACAUGGAGGUCUCCGCCUUUGCCUCGGCCCUCAAUGUCAACGUCCGCCUCUGGCAGGCCGACUACACCUACCUCUUCUCCCCACGCACAUGCUACUCGCCCGACGCCGACCCGGCUGCAGACGACUCCCGCCAAACGCUGCACAUUGCCUACCACACUUGGGAACACUACUCGUCUGUCCGCAAUAUCGCCGGCCCCCACACCGGCAUUCCCAACGUCAAUGUCGUGCCAAAGGCUAUAUCCAAGAAGCGUCCAAGUCCCAGCGUCGACGGCGACGACGACGAUCAGCCUCAACGCUCACGCAAGCGCCGCUCCCCCUUACCCCUAUUCGACUCGGACUCUACACCAGAGGGCACCGACAGCUCGUCGGACGAGUCACAUGGAUUCUCGGCUUCACAACAGUCGACCAUACAGAUUCCCCCGCCCGAGCCACCCAAGCCAGUCAAGCUUACCAUCAAGCUGCGUGGACUCCGUACCUGUGAUGCCCCCUCGACCGACUCGUCUCGGGAACCCACGCCCGCUCCCAAACCAAUACAACAUACCGCAGAUGCUAGAGCCCUGUCGGUUGAAGCACCACCGGCGGCAAAGACCGCAACUCCCUGUUAUGACUUUAUAGUGUGAAAAAAAAGAGAUAGAGGUGGCUGACUUUACGACGGUUGAACAGUUCACGGUUGAUGAUGACGAGACGAUGAUACCCUAACAGCAUGCAGUGGGCGCUUUUAUUAUUCUUUCUUGGUUGCAUUUUAGCACUAUUUUUUCUUCUCUUCUCUUCUUGUUUGGAUUCCAACCUUCUUGCAUAGCAUACCAGCAUGGGCAUGGCACGGCUGUCUCUAUAGUAUCCAUCGUUGCAUAUGCCAGCAUGACCGACCGACGGGGUGCCAAAGUGCUUGGGCCUGCGCUCGGUCAACUGGCUUUGGCGUUUU